CUGGUAUAACGUGACAUAUAAAAGUUUAUGAAUAUUUGGAAAUGAAUAAUUUGACAAUAAUUGAUUUUCACUUUUACACAACAACCUCUCACUCAGUGAUUUGUCAAGAUGCGGAGGAAUGGAAACCAGAGACCAAACGCAGGCUGUCUCUCCGUGCCUCUGUUUAAUCAAAGGAAGAGGAGCAGGCUGCCUUUGAUGUCCAAUCCUUCAGAGAGUGAGCUCUUCACUACCAGCCACUACAAUGAGACACAAACCUCCUCCUCUUCCUCCGCUGCUCUUCCCACUUUAGGUCAGAGUGGUCAGUGGAACCAGCGAACCUAUCUUUCAUCACAGCAAGCCAGCAUGAGAUCUGCUCCUUCACCUGGUGUGGUGGGACGAGGAUAUGCACCUUUACCUCACCCAAAAAAACCUGCCUAUGUCUGGGCACAGACAGGGCAACAGAGGUCUCCAGUGAGACAGGAUUGUGGCUCUCCAAGGAGCAGCUCAGUUUCGCUCAGCCAGCCCAGAUGGUCCAGCAGCAUCCACAAUCAACAGUCCCCCAGACUUCUGUACUCUUCCCAGCAGUGUACCCCCACAGCAGGAAUCAAUCAGGGCCCUGGAUCUCAGAGUCACAGUGGAAAGUGGAACUUCAGACCUGUUGGACAAUCAGCCAGUGGAAUGUGGGCAAAAGAAAAGAUGGGCACCUUAAGUGUCCGGACCACCCCUCAGCAGCAGAAGCCCCCUCGAGAGACAUCACUGCGUGUUAUUACUUCUGUUAUUGAAGGCAUGAAGUACUGGAGUCAGUACAAGAGCAGAGUACCAAUGCUGUUUGAGAUGUUUGCUACACUGGACUCUGCAGUUACUGUUGGAGAAUACGGAGCAAAGAAAUUUCUCAUGAGGGAUGGAAAAGAGGUGGUCCACUGCCUUUACUAUGAGAAUGAUCAGACACUGCCCAGACUGAUCAGAGGUCAGGUGCAGCGCUGCGUUGGAAACUACCACAGAGAAAAGGACAUAAUGACUUGUGUGUCAGUCCGAGCUGCUUCACUGUCAGAGCAAAGGAAUGCCCUGGAGGCUGUGAGAGCAUCAGAUGCAGAGAUGAGGGAUGUGGUGCUGGCUCUCAGUGAAAUGUGAUGUGGAUCGAGUGAGUAAAAUGAGAAAGAUUAAACUAGCAGAGGCUUAUAC